AUGGAAAAGCAUGGUGUAUCAAGGGAUUUGCAACGUUUGGUUGGCGCUGCAGAGAUAGAGAAAGCGGGGCCUUUUUAUUUACUCACCAAGAUACACAUCGUACGAUGCGGCUCGUCCGGGACUGCAAGGAAUGAGAGGUCUUGGGACUCGUCAAGCUUGAAAGACAGGCAAACUGAUUGCACCCAAAGAUGCACAACGCCUCUACACAACGUGAGUGAAGGUUAUUCGAAAUACACAAAACGUUCAGACGACUGCUUCAAAGAAAAGUUUUUCAGAUCCAAACGUACAAUAGAUCGGCUGAAAAUUUUCAGUUCUUCCUGCUGCCGGGACUGGCAAGAUAUUUGCUCAUCCACGCAAGCCCAGCAUUGGGAUGAGUAA